AUGUAUCUUGGUCGGGCGAAGCAAGUGUGCACGCAGCUGAUGCCAGGGCCCGUGGCCUUGAAAGCUUACCACCCCCGACAGCCCGUACCAAGUUGUUCCGUGUUUGGUGCUACUGGCGCUUUGCUGCUUGGCUGCGUUGCUGUGUUCCAACUUCCGGAGGCCCAGAAUAAGAAUAGCCGGCUCCCCUUCUAUUUCCGAUUAUUUUUGGGUUCUGUUUUGGAACACAUGUCCAUGACGACCAUGACCUUUGUAUCUGUUGAGUGGGCUUCUGUCUUGAUUGAUUUUUACGCAUUGUUGCUCGACGCGGACUUCCAGGUUGUUCGGAUGAUGCAAUUCCGGGAGCAUGACAGCGAGACUCCUGUUGCGCUUGUCAAUCUGCUGGCGCCCUUUGCCACGACUUUGUCGUCGGCGACAUGGUAUGACUCCUUUAUGUUUGAUCGUCGUUUGCAGGGCGCUGCGGGCCGACAUUUGGAUGUAUCGACCGUUAUCAUGGACGGUAACUUCAAGCUGAAUGGCAGAUCUUGCGGAAGGCCUUGCGCAGAAAUGGUCCAUAGUGCUGAGCUGGGCUUGUACACUGCUUGUCCAUGCAGCAAGAGGCCUUUGUAUCGCAAACGUAGAUGUGCUGACCAUGACCGGAGUGAUGCAUUGGAGGCGCCUUUGGAUGAAGAGGCAGUAGUUGCUCACAGGAGCCGUUUGGGUGACGCUUUGAAGUGCGUGGUGCACGACGACAGCUGCCACCUUUUGCGCUUUGCAUUGAAACAUCGUGCGCACUCUCCAUUGACGCGAGAACUUGCGCAGAUGUGUUGGGCUUUAGACCGCUUCCAUUUGCGUGGCCACACGGACAGCUGGUGCAAAAACCAUUGCCACCCAGAUUUGUUUCCAGAAGUGUGCGCCAAUACGAACACCAGUGCUUGUGAGCAAGUGAACUCUUUGAUCGGGAGGCACAAAUUCGUGUACCGUCAGAUGACGGCACCGUGCCGGCGCUUUUUUCUGCAAGAAGUGAUGGACUCACGCAACUUGCUGACCGGAGCUCGUGGAAAAAGUGCUCUGGAAUGUCUUGCAGGUAAGAUUGGAGCAGAGGCGCGAGUACGGGCAGACUGUGACAGUGCUGGGGUCCUGUUGGUCUUGCGCUCCAAGUUGGGAUCUGUGUGCCCUCUCUCAGCCAUUUGUUUGAACAUCAAUAUGGUCCAGACCAGAAAGUCUCAAGUCUCAAGCCUGAUCCAGAAGAUCUCGGACAUUGUCCAGCAGAGUUGUCGCAAGAGAGCGUUGGAAGCCAAUACCGGAGUGGAGCCAGGCAAGUUGAAACUCAAGAGCUGCACCCUGACAAGCUUCACGGAAGCUGCUUUGUGGGAGCGCUGUGGUGCAGAUUGGCAGCAGUGCUCCAGUGGACAUUUUGCUGGUCGAAAUCACUAUAGCACCUUGCUCAACUUAGACGAGAGUUACAAGUUUCUGCGCUACCUUGGUUUGACGGCAGGUGGCAAAGGAUGCGACACUACCUUUGAUGCGGCUUCGGAGCUCAACAGAGUUUUGCAGACAGGCCGAUGCGCUGUCCAGUUCAAGUCAGUUCAGAGUUUUGAAGACUCUGGGCCCAUCGUGAAUCUGGCUGGUGUGGGGAACGCGCAUCCAUCUGCGUUCUUUGACGUCAUCAACGGCAAUGCAGGAAGCCAUCAUGUGGCUUGCGCUGAACGCUUUUUGCUGAUCACCGGCAAGCCAGUGGAGCCUCACAGUCCACUUCCUCCAGGUCUUGAUCUCCCUGAAGGAUUUCAACAGUGGAUCUGGGCGCCUCUAUUAGAAAACAUGUUGGUCCCUUUGGGGCUACCUGGCGAAGCCAUGCAAGAAGAGUAUGCUCGGCAAACAUACGAGCAGGCGACAGGUGAAGAAGAUGAGGGUGGCUCUGAUGUUUUUUUGCCUUCUCCGCAUGGCUACAUUGUGACUCUCGCAGACGGCGUGGAAUCCCGUUUACGUUUCAGGGUGGUACGGGAUGCAGGGCACACGUGGCGCCGUCCAGAGCUGCGGUUCCCGAAUCGCAACGUUCCGCUGGCAUUGGAGGAAGACGUGCCAUCGAUGACCUCGCGCGUGCUGGCCUACUUUGAGCAACGGCACAGGGUGAUAGAACUGUCGCCAGCUGCCAGGGCAUUGUUUGACGGCAGAAGAGUCGGCUGGGCUUUAGGCACAGCCCCUUGGCACAUUGCUGUUCUGGCUUGCUGCAAUUUGAUCUUUGAGCUGGCGAUUGAGGCUGUGCCUGCAACAGGGGACCUGAAGGUGGAGGAGCGGCACAUUCUCAGAGCUUUCGAUCAGGUGCAAUUAUCGCACGGCAUCGUGAACUUAUGGAAAAGCAAGAUUCCCAUGAGCAGCCAGACUGAGAGGCCUGAUGUUGGUCCUGCUGCUGCGGCUUUGACUCGCGAGCAGCGUUUGCUAGCUGCGUGUCAAGCUGCGCCUAUCCCAUCCCAAGUGCCCAUCUUCGAGCCAACGCAGGCUGGUGUUGUGGAAGAAGAAGCCGGGGCUCCUCAGAGUCCAGACAAAGGUGCAUGCCCGGCUGUGAAGCCUCUGACCGCGAACGACCGCGAAGUGUUGCCCAUGACAGUGAUUAUGCAAAAAACACUGCUCCGUGGCGAAACAACUAUCUAUGGUCAGCGAGUGAGCGACUCCAUCAGUCUGAAGGAGAAGAAAGAUGGCCAAGUGAAGUACUCUCGCUGCAGCCUGAGGCUGGCUCAUUGGGUGGAAGUUAUGCGACGCGGGUUGGAGCAGGAGCGCAUUGGCACCUUCGAUGAUGGAGCAACGUGCCUAGAAAAAAAGAACCAACCCCGUCUGGUUUUGAACUUGCCUGCGAGUGACAAUCGGGCAGCUGUCGUGGAAUACCACAACCGGCUGAUGAGAUUGUGCUCCGUGCCAUACGAAGCGGUGAUCCAGAAAAUUACUGCCAAGGCAGGCCGUGGCAUCAAGCGCAAGGGUGCUUCUUCCGUCAAGGACCAGGCUGAUGACGAGAAGGUUGAUGCUACUCCGCAGAUUCAGGGCGACAAGUCUCAGAGUGCGAAAGAGAGUACGACAAGUCGGGCUGAAAGUUUAGGCUUCAAGGACUGCUGA